GCCUCCCCGCAAUCGCACCACGACGCCAUCAUUGACGCUAUGGAAAAUCCAACACAAAUGGAAAAUGUGGUGGAAAACAAUCCGUUUAAUCCUGCUGUCUCACUGGAAACGGACGUCGAAUUACCGAUUUUACCAGCGAAGGAGAGUGUUGAGGAUGAGUUAAGCAUGCAUCCUGCUGCCUUGGACGAUACUGCAUCUGCUGAAAAGAUGGAGAUUAACGAGUUGAGUGAAACGGUUGUUGGGGAAAAUGAAAGUUUUGUUAAAGAAGAUACCCGCGAAUCAAUUUCUUUAACAGCAGUCGAAGAAGCGAAGCCAAAUGAAAUUGUGAAUUUGGCGAGUGAUGUUGUUGAGGCAGAGAACCAAGUAUAUGAGGAAGUUAGUAAAGAUAAAGUUGAAGAGCCGACGUUGAAAACAGUUGAACAAAAUGAACCGACUUCUUUUGCAAAUGCCACUGUUCAGGAAGAUGUACAAGUCAAGGCAUUCAACGAGCAGUUAUUGAAAUAUUGGUAUGCGGUUAACGAAAAUCCCCAAGACUUCACUAGUUGGACGUAUUUACUACAGUUUGUUGAGCAAGAGAACAAGAUUGUUCCUGCACGGAAAGCAUUUGAAGCAUUUCUGAAACGCUACCCGUUCUGUUAUGGUUAUUGGAAAAAGUUUGCAGACAUGGAAAGGAAAAGUGAUGAAAUUGAUCGUGCACGAGAGGUAUUUGAAAAGGGCGUUCAAGAAAUAGCUUUAAGUGUUGAUUUAUGGGUACACUAUCUUAAUUUUACAUCCCAGAUGUCUAAAGAACAACCAAAUUGUGCAGAGACAAUGAGAAAUCUUUUUGAACGAGCAAUUUCUGCAGCUGGUGAAGAUUUUAGAUCUGACAAACUUUGGGAGGCUUACAUUGAAUGGGAAAAGUCACAAAAGCAACUACAGAAGGUCACUGCGUUAUAUGACCGGGUUUUAGCAGUUCCAACUCUAAACUACAGCAAGCAUUGGACAAAGUUUCAGGAACAUAUCAACUCAAAUCCAUUAGAGGAGGUGGUUAUACCAGAGGAAUUGCUGAAACUAAAAGCAGAGCUUGGUGCUGCCCCUCCUGGUUUUACUGUGGAUAAUGAGGCUCCAGUUGCUCCACCACUAGGUGGGGAAGUUGAUGUCAAUGGUAUGGCAGUUACUUCUGAAGUGCCAGAAUCAGAAGGAUCAGAGUCCGUAGAUCCUGAAACAAGGGCAGUUCGUAAGAAAAUUAUUGCUCAACGUCAAGCAUUGCACAGUGCAAAUGAGGGGGAAGUAUCUAAACGGUGGACAUUUGAGGAAGGCAUUAAACGACCAUAUUUUCAUGUGAAACCAUUAGAGAAAAUGCAAUUGAAAAAUUGGCGGGAUUAUCUUGAUUUUGAAGUGAGCACUGGAAAUCAUCGUCGUGUUGUGAUUCUUUUUGAGCGUUGUGUCAUUGCUUGUGCUAUGUAUGAGGAGUUCUGGCAGAAAUUUGCUUCCUACAUGGAAAUGCAUGAUUGUCUUGAAGGUGUUCAACAUGUGUAUGAACGUGCUUGUAAUGUUCAUUUGCCCAAGAAACCACGCAUACAUUUGGCAUGGGCUGCACUUGAGGAAAAGCAUGGUAAUGUCUUGAAGGCAAGAGAUAUUUUGGCUAACUUGGAUAAUGCUGUUCCUGGUCUAGUUCAUGUCAAACUCUGUCGUGUGAACUUUGAAAGGCGUUGUAAUGAUUUCCAAAAUGCUUGUGCUAUUUAUGAACAAGCCAUUGCCGAAUGUUCAGAUACGCAACUCAUUUCCUUUUAUUCUGUGAAAUACUCAAGAUUUUUGACCAAGAUUACAAAGAAUUAUGAGAAAGCUAAAGAAGUAUUAAAAGCUGCACUUGAUAAAGAUAAGGAUAGCAGAAGAUUAUAUUUGCAACUCCUUGAUGUUGAGAUGUCAAUGCCCAAAAUGAAUGAAGAUGAAAUUGACAAGAUUUUUGAGUUGGUCAAGAGCAGUUCGCUAACUGAUGAUGUCAAGGAAAGUUUCUCACAAAGAAGAUUGGAGUUCCUUGAAGAUCACAGUAAUAGUAUUGUGAAAAUCAUGAAAGCUCAAGAAGCACAUGAGAAAUUAUAUAAGAACACAAGUCAAAGCCUGACUGGAAGGAAGAGAGCUUCAGAUAAUGGGUCAGAAACUGAUGCAAAGGUUGCCAAAACAGAUGACUCAUCUAAUUCAAUUCAAUAUAACCAUACAGACUAUGGCACUACAGAUUAUUCAUCAGCAACAGGAUAUUCAACUGCUACUACAGCAUAUAAUUAUAGCACUGCACAGUGGCCUGGUUAUGGAACAUCUCAGCCACAGGGUUACAACUAUGGCAAUUGGUAUCAGCAAUAUGGAAAUACUUAUGCCUGAAAUCUGGUGAUAUUUGUUAGCUAUAUAAUAGUUGAAUGGAGUGCCUUUAAUGUGGAAAGUUGAAUGUAAUUUCUAAGAAAAGCUUCUGCGAGUGUAAUGAAAUCUAAGCACGGCCAGUAUUUCAACAUAUCAACUAACUUAAGGGGCCACUAAAUAGCCAGAAAUAGUUCUGAUGCAUAUCUUCACCCCCAAGGCUGAAACAUGAAACCUGCAUAAAUCUUGUCCAUCAUAGUUUGUCACAUUUUUCAUUGAAAUAUAUUUGUUGUAUGAUAGUUUCAUCUUUUUUAUGUUUUCUCAAACUGAACUGAUUAUAUAUUGUAAUGAAUUAAACUCUUAAUCCCUGUGGCUUAGUGAAAUAGUCCCCUCAAUGCAGUUUACAGAGGCCUUUCUGUGUAUGAUUAAUCAGCUAGAAAAGCUAAAUGGCUCAAGAUGGUUUAUUUUAGAUUUAAAGUGUAAAUAUAUGCCUGGUAAAUUGCAACAAACUUUCUAGGAGAGGGAGUUGUUUGUUAACUACAACUUAAAACCUUUUCACAAAAAAAUAAACAUCAUUGUAUUUACAAA